AUGACUAAAAAUAGAAGUAAUUCAAGUUUAGAUGUUGUUCAUAGUGGUAUGGUAUUAAUAUCUGAUGGUAAAGGUAGAGGAAAAUUAUCAAAACUUUUAUUAACAAAAGAAUUACUUUAUAUUCAAAUUCCAAUAGAAAGUUAUAAUAAUAAUGGUAAUAAUAAUAGUAAUAAUAAUACUAUACCAAGAGUUCCAUCUUUUCAUCAACAACAACAACCAUCAAAUACUAUUGAGGCAACUGAUUUAACAACAACAACUCGUACAAUAACAAUACAAAAAAAAUCACAAAUAUUAGGUAUAUCUAUUAAAGGUGGUGUUGAUGAGACAGCAAUCCUACCAAUAGUAAUAUCUAAAAUAGCUCCAAAUACACCAGCAGAUGAAUGUACACAAUUAUAUAUUGGUGAUAUAAUUUUAGAAAUAAAUGGUAUCUCUGUUGAAGGAAAGACACAUGAUGAUGUAGUUAAAAUUUUAAAAGAUAUUGAUACAACAGUAACAUUAACAGUUAAAAGUUGCCCACAAAUAGCACCUAUUCUUAGAACAGCUAAUUCAGAAAAAGUUAAAAGUUCACAUAGUAUUUCUGAUAUUUUUACAGAACCAUUACCAUUUAAAAGUGCCCUUAAAUCAAGUGUUUCUGUUAAUGAUAUUAAAAGUAAUACAAAAAAUAUUGAUGAACCUGUUUUACAAGGUGAAGGUAAAGAUGGAUGGAAAACAAUUAAUAAAUUACCAUUACCAAUGGCACAAUUAAGUAGAUAUUUAUGGGGAACUGAUAAAAUAAGAAAUAAUGCUUUUGAAUUAAGAACUGUUGAUGGAAGAACCUCAAAUAUUAUUCAUUGUGAAGAUAAAAAAGCUGUAGAACAAUGGAUAAAACAAAUUCAAAAUCACAUAAAUAAUCUUAAUCAUAAAUCAAUGAAAAUAUCAAAUAAAUUUCUUCAUGCUUCAGAAAAAAUUCAAUAUAUUGGUUGGGCUGAUGAAAGAAUACCAGAUACCUUUUGUGAUGAUGUUCAAAUUAGAUGGAGUGGUAGAUUUAUAAUAUUAAAAGGAACAGAUUUAUGUAUUUUUGAAUCACCACCAUUAAAUGCAGAUGAUUUAAAUAAUAAAUGUUUAUUUAUGUAUAAAAUUAUUGAAACAGUCAUGAAAACAGCAAUUCCAAAAAAAGAUAGACGUGAUUGUGUAUUAGAAAUUGAAUCAGCUGAUGGUGGAAAACAUUAUUUAUCCUUUAACUCAUUUACUCAACUUCAAACUUUUGAAUCAACUUAUUAUGAUUCAGUUUAUAAAAGUAUCAAAGCUACACAAUGUAAAACAUUUGCUUGUUCCUAUCUUGGAAGACCUUCAGGUCUUGUUAUUCAUAUUGUUAAUGGUAUUAGUCUUUAUGAUAUACCUACCAAACAAUAUGUAUGGAAUUAUAAGUUUAGUGAUUUAGAAAGUUCUAGUGAUGAUGGAAAGAUAAGACUUCAUUUGGUUUUUAAAAAAUUUAUAAAUAAGCAAAAAGAAAUUAUUGAAAUUAAGGAUAUUGAGUGUGACCAAGUUAUUAAUUUAAUAAUGACAUUACAUUCGUUUUAUAUAGCUAAAAUUAUGGGCGUUUAUCCUGAUUAUCUUAAAGUUAUGCCAUUGUCAUAA